UAAGCUUUGUUUCUCUUUCUUUCUCCCUCGCGAGAUCUCUCGAGCUUUUCUCACGAUCAUCGUCUCUUCCAAAUCCCUGACCAUCUCCAGCUCCAUCGAUCGAUCGAUCUGCGCAGGGGUCCUCAUGGAGGUGGAGGCACCGGGGUUGCUGCGGUACUUCAUUGGAGCGGCGAUCAUGAUUGCCGGCGUUGUGCUUCCUCUUGUCUAUAUGAUGUUCCGCAACAAGCGUUCUUCGGCUCCUUCGUCGUUUUCCAAGCAGACGAGCAAAGGUUUGAUUUAGAGAAAACAAGGAAUCGAGGAGAGGAUUGAAGCAGAGGAAGGAAGAUAAGAAUUUCUCUUCAAAGCUGGUACACUUCAUUACUCCGGAUUCGGAUGCUUUUAUGGUGGUUUCUUCACAAGAAUUGUAUCAUUUGAUCUUGCUUUUGUUUGUUUGAAUCUCAUAGCAUAGUUGAUGCCAUUAAUUCUUCUGAAUAGCUUAUAUAUAUAUACAUCAUUCUGAAAAUUUUCUCUUUGUGAAAUCUGUUAUCGAAUAAUACCUUGUGCUGGCUCAAUGCAAUGGUUGAAAUUUGUGUCAUUCGAUCUUGCUUUUGUUUGAA